AUGUUGAUUACAAGGUGUGUGUUUGCGUGGUUUCUAGACCUCUCCCAGCAGCUCUGUGAGAGGUUAGAACAGUUGGUACAGAACUAUGUCAAACAGGGACUCCUCUCAGUGGAUGAGAGACAGUUAGACAGCCUGUCUGACCUCUACCUCGGCCAGUGCGUGAUAGACAGGCUGAAGGUGUCCUUGUUCCGCCACCAUGCUCCUGCGCCCUUUAUGUCCGGGGGCAGGGCCCACCCCAGCCUCUUCAAGCGCAUGCGCUGGAACGUGGAGAGGCUGUCAGAUGACCGGCUCCAUCCCCACCACCACCUCUACCACCACCAUCGGCAUCAUCAGCAGCAGGGGGAAGAGCCAGAGGAGAGGCAGCUGGAGACAGGCGCCGACACAGAAUACUUCCUAAUGUGUUAUGAGGACAUCCCCCAAAGGGUCAGCGGAGAGGAGGGGGAGGGGCUUCCCCUUGGUGCCUCUGCAACAAGGGGAUGGUCGAUUGGUCGCUGGGUUCAGACCUUCCCCGACCCUGACACAGGGGACAUCUAUGACUGGAUCCUUUGUGAGGUCCCUCAGACCAGAUAUCUAAAGCUGGUCACUCUAGGCAGUGAGGAGCCAUCCGUCCGUCAUGCCACAGACCUCCUGCUGGGGCUGCUGUUUCCCCAGCAGAUUGGAGGAAAGGAUGACUUCCCUUGUUCAGAGUCAUAAGAGUAAGGUUAUCGAGUACGCGUGUUUGAGAGCAAAUUAUUUUUAGUCGAGUCAUCACCAGGACUGCAGACAAACAAACAAAAGGGUCCACAGGGAUUUUAAGCAGGCCAUGCGUUCAUAAAUAGUAGUUGUAAAAAUGAGCAAUGUUGACGCCCUACAUUUUUUCGAAAGUGGUUCUCUGGCAGUACGUUCAGCUGAUUGUCAAGCUUUCAGUUUAACAAGUGUUAGAUGUUGUAAAAUAUGUUUUACGCACCUGUGUCAGGCUAUGCACUGUACGUUUUGUAAUCUAGUAAAGUAUUUUUAUAAUCUAUUAUUGUUGCAUACAUAUUUAAAACUAUAAAAAUAGCUAA